AAUCACUUCUGAAUCAUAUUUCUCGCUGCAUUUAUGUCGCGAUUGAAUAUAACUGUUGUUUCGGUUCCUUGGGUUCCAGCUUCUCGUAUUUAUUUUUCUUUCGUCUUGGUUGUGGAUUCGGAUUUGCUUCUGGAACCGGUCGAUGGAAUGUACAUUCGGAUUCUUUACAAUCUGUAUGUUUCUUUUUGUAAGUACGAUGAAUUCAGCCUCUCCAUUGAAUUGGAUCGUGAAAAACGCCAUCUUCGACCGGUUUACAGUUGGGGCAAACUAGAAAACUGAUUUUUUGGAGCAAUGGAGAAAAAAUAAUAAUAAUAAUAAUAAUUUCAUUCAUUGGCAAUGGUAUGCCAAUCGAAAACAACUUACCGGUCUUUUGAUUGACGUUCUGGCACACUUCUUCGUUUCUUCAGCUUACGUCCUGAUCGACUACACUUCUGUGAUGUAUUAUGUUCGUUUAUUGGCAAAACGAAUACAUAUUCACGUGCCAUUUGUUGCAAUGCACGAUGCAGACACUUUUGAUAUCCUUUGAUUGGGGAGUUUGAUGCAAAUUUUGCACUACCAAAUGCCAAUAUCACUGUUUUCUCAGCAUUGGACAUUCUACGAUCGGACAUUCGACUUUUGUUAUUUGCUUCACCAACACAUGCAAGGCUACCUGUGUACGUGUAUAUGCAUCAAACUUUAAAAGAGCCACACGUUUUUGAUACUUUAUCUGUAUAAAUCAAGAAUGAAUGACACACAUCAAUAACAUGAAAUCAAAUCAAAUCAACUCAAAAGAGAGAAAAAAUAAAUAAAUAUCUCGUUGAAUGAUUGGCGGCACUGGAUCCGGUUGUUCUGGAUUCGGAACUGCAUUAUUGUCAUCAUCACCAUCAUCAUAAUUGUUGUUGUUAUUGUUGUUAACGUUUCUGGAUCGCCGAAUCAUUUUCAAAUGAGCUGAACAUCCAUCGGUGGUGAAUGAAAAGUCAAACUGUUGACUCGGCUGAUGAAUGAAAAGUCAAACUGUUGAUUUUGUCCAAAUUUACAAAUCGACGCCAAAAUGCAUUGUGUUGGGCAUACAGUCCCUGCUUCAUAUGAAUCCAUCUGUAUUCUGUAUAUUCCAUUCGUUUGCAAUAUGAAUCCAUCUGUAUCGAAUCUUGCAUGAUGUUUGGCAUUGCUUGAUUGUGGCACCACCACAAACGAUGACCAAUUUCGAUGCGGAUUGGUUGCAUUGUGCGUAUGGAUUACACGUUGUAAAUUCAACAAUUCGUAAACAUACUUGUACCUGUCAUAGAAAAUUUGAUGAUGAUGAUGAAGAAAGAGAUUAACAUCGAUUGAAAUUUAGUUUAGUGAUGAAUGAUUGAAUAUACGAUGUGAAUAAAAGUAUGUAUAAUUGUAUAUGUAUUAAAUUUACCAGUUUUUUACCGAAUAAUAAAUGUUUUAAAAUCAAAUUGUAUCGAAAGAUCAAGAAGAGAAAAUAUUGUAUGCUUCCGAUCACUUCAAUUGUUGUUCAAUCAAUGUCUGAGUCUGCUGCGUAUUUCACUUUGCAAUGGCUACUAGCUCUGUAUGUCUAGUUUCAUGUUUGCACAUGUACAAAGCCGUUAACGGUAUGUUGUUUUGUUCGAACGUAUUGUUAGCACUAUUGCGUAGUACUGCAACAAAUUGAUCACAAAUUAAUUCAUAUAUCACUUUGAAUAUCAACAAAAUUAUGACAAAUUUAAUAUUUUUAAUUAUUCAUACCUUUUGGUUCGUGUUGCUACAAAAUUUGAAUUUGAUUUUGACUUUUUUUCCCGUUAAAUUCAUGCGCAAUUCGAAAAUUGGUCUCCCGUUUGACACUGGCUUUGACACCAAUUUCAAAAACAAACACACAAAAUUACUGUAAUUUGCUGUGACAAACGAACGGAAAAAAAACUUCAGGAAAUGCGAGUGUUCGAUGCUAAAAAAAUUUUGUGUUGUGAGCACACUUUAAAAAAAACUUUUGUGUCGAUGAUUGUGUUGAUAUACCACUACCACAUAUUAACAUGUAUGCUUAUGUUUUUAUUUAAAAAUUGAAAAAAGUACUACCGCUAGGAAAAUGCUGAAAAUGCAAACGAAGAAAAAUGCUACAAAUGCAUAUGAUUAUGCUUCCGAAUUUUUCAUAUUCAUAAAAGUGUUAUUACGGGCCGUUUUCGUCACAGCAUUCUGCAGUGUGAUGUUAACGUUAACAAACUGAACUAUGGUUUCGCUUUGUGAUACAAUUUUAGUCAUAAGCUGUGCAAUCGUCAGUGUUUGUGGAAAUGAUUCCAAGUUUGGGCGAAUCAUAGCAUUCGAUAAUUUUGAGCAUUUUCAAGCUUCGAUGAAUAAAACCUAUCAUCAUGACCAUCAGAUAAAACGUGCUAAACAAGCUUAUGAUAAAAAUACAGAAUUAAUAAAAAAACAUAAUGAAGAAGCCAGAAUGGGAAAACAUAGCUAUGAAUUGCGCGCAAAUGAUAUGGCUGAUUUUUCGCAAGAUGCAUAUUUACGCAGAUUUGUUCGCCUCAUGGAUACUAUUCAUCCGGAUCCGGAAAGCACAGGUCAUGCUGAUACUGAAGAUUUUCAUGCAUUACAUGGUUCAGUACGUCAUAGCUCGAUUGAUAAUACUUACAUACCCGAAACUCUGGAUUGGCGCGAAAUUGGUUUCAAACCCAAACCAAAGAAUCAAUUGACCUGUGGCGGUUGCUAUGCAUUUUCUGUUGCAACAAGCAUUGAAGCACAAAUAUUUCGGCGAACUGGAAAAAUAGUUCAAUUAAGUCCCCAACAAAUUAUUGAUUGUAGUGUUGAUAAAGGCAACACUGGCUGCCAUGGUGGAUCGCUUCGAGCUACACUCAAAUAUCUGGACGCUACAAGAGGUUUGAUGCGUGAAUCUGACUAUCCAUAUGCGUCUGAGCUACAAAAAUGUCAAUAUAAACCAUCAUUGGCUAUUGUAAAUGUCACAAAAUGGGCAAUUCUUCGGCAUAAAGAUGAAGAAUCAUUGAAAAAAGCGAUUGCGGUCAUAGGUCCAAUUCCCAUAUCGAUUAAUGCAAGACCAUCGUCAUUUCAACUAUAUUCACAUGGAAUUUAUUCGGAUCCAUCAUGUACAGAUAAAACGGUGAACCAUGCAAUGCUUGCCGUUGGUUAUACUCCUGACUAUUUCAUAUUGCAGAAUUGGUGGGGCGAUCGGUGGGGUGAAAAUGGCUACAUGAAGAUUGAAAGACAUCAGAACAGGUGCGGCAUAGCAAAUUAUGCUGCGUAUGCGAUGGUCUGAAAUACGCAAAAUUCAAUUCCAAAGAAAUAUUUCAGAAAAAAAAUGUUUGACUGAUAAUUUAGAAUUAAAAUGAAUAACAUGAAUUUAUAUUUAAAUAUUACAUUAAAAACCAAAUUCAAGUACGUGAAAUCAUGAUCAAAUGCGAUUUGCUGGGAUUCAAAAGUUACUUUCCAAAAUAUAUGAAUUGAAUAAACUUUUAUUUUUAUUAAUGUUGCUAUCGUAACUAUA